AUGCGGUGCUGGCAGAGGACUUCUGCCAGCGCCUGGACGAGGCUCUGGGCGUGCUGGCUCGCGAGCGCCCUGGCUGGGAUUUCCUCUCUCUCUUCUUCCACCGUCGGCUACUACGACGACGACUGCACGGUCAGGUCGCUGGAGGGCCCCGCAGGGACAGUCUUCAGCGUCCCGCUGCAGAUCUUCGGCCUCUUCGGCGCGGCCGUUCGCCCCCCCGGGGCGCGAAGCCUGCUGCGGCACCUCUUCCCGCUGGACGAGCAGAUCGAUUCUGCCCUGGCGCGGGUGUACGACAGGAUCGACGCGCUCGCUCUGAGGUCGCCCCUGAUGACGGCCACGCACUCCACCUCGGACCUGCGGCACGACGGUGCCCCGCGGGCGUGCCCGCGCACGGGCCACAACGGCGCGCUGGCGGUCAACGUCGGCAUCGUCGCCAUGGCCGCCAUCGCCGUCAGCAGCGUCACGGGGGACCGCGAUGUGCGGCUGGCGAGCGUCGCCAGGGAGCUGGGGUUUACGGGGGCCGCCGGCGAGGAGGACGAGAUGCUGCGACAGGUGACUGGAGGCGCCCCGCCCCCGGCAAGGGAGGAGGAGAAUGAGAGGAUGCAGACGAAGAGGCUCGCGCGGCGCGCCCGCUCCGCCCACGGGCGACCCCUGGCCGCGGCCGCGCGGCGCGCCGCCGCGGCGCCCAUGGCGGCGCCGCGCGACGGCAGUGGCGCCCGGGCUGCGCUGGAGGCGCGGGUGAAGUCGGAGGCCUUCCUGGCCGACAUCGAGCCCGGGGACCUCCGCGGGGAGGCGGACGAGGACGGCGAGCCCAUCCCGGGCCCCGCGGCCCGGGGCAUCGUGCGCAGGCUGCGCGACCUGCCGCCCCCCGGUGAGCCGGCCCCCUCGUCGAUCUCCUCGGAGGACUUCGUGAUCGUUGGGGCGGAGGCGGAGGCCGCGCCUUCUGAGCCGGGGCCUGCCACGGCCAGAGGCGCCCCGUCGGACGCGUACGCGGCCGCCCCGCAGGGGUCACCGGAGGUGGAGCCGGGCCUGCUGCAGCACCAGCUGCGGGACCCCGACGUGGUGGUGUCCGGCGGCGUGGACUACCUCGUCAGGACCUGGGACCCCUCCACGUUCGAGCCGCUGCAGGUGUUCGAGGGCCACCUCGGUCCCGUCAGCGCUGUCGAGCCCUGCCGCGGUGGCCGUUUGGCCUCCUGCUCCGAAGACGGCACGCUGCGCGUCUGGAGGCUCGGCGCUGCCGGUGAGCCAGGGGCCCUUGAGCGGACCGUGUGGGUGAGCUGCCUUGCCGUCAGGAGCCUGUGCACCCUGCCCGGACACCGCGCGGCCUGUGGCGCGGCGGACUUCUCCCUGCUGGUGGUGAGCCUCGCCAGCGGGGAGGUGCUCCACAGGGUUGACGGCAGGCUCGGCGGCGGCCCAGAAGCCGAGCUGCUGCAGCGGGAGGGCUACGGCCAGGUCUGGACCUCCUCCACCUGCGCCUCGGCGUCCUCGCGGCGGCCUCCGACGACGGCGCCCUGCGACUCUGGGACGCCGACGCCCUGCGCUGCCUCGGCGCCUGGCGCGGGGGCGGCGCACCCGGCGAGGGCCGCGGGGGAGGCGACGCGCGGCUCGCCGAGGCGUUCGCGCCGGUGUGGAAGCUGA